AUGUCUACGACUGUCCCCACUUCUACCCCCUCGAACAAAAACAACACUACACUGCCGCUUUCCGCCGAGGAGAAGAGUAUCCCGGAGAGAACAAGUCAUCAGCUCAGUAUCUCAGUGGCUUCCAGCACUUCCUCUUCUCUUCCUGCCUCAACUGACGCAAAGGGAACAGGCCCACUAGAGCGUAGUACUGUUGCCCCAGUUCUGCCAGUUGCUGCAGCUGUUGGCAACCCUUUGCCCGGCAACAGCAUCCGAAAGUGCAGUCAGACAAACGGCGGCACUGCUCCGGCGAAGAGUGCCAGCAGUGGUGAGGAUGGGACACAGCUGGCCAGGUGCACCGACCCAUCGGCCGCCCCCAUCUGCGUCCUUGUGAUCUUCAUCAUUGUGCUGCUUGUCUGCCUGCUCACCCUUAAGCUGAAUCAGUCAAGCAGUGAGAAAUGGCACGAUCAUGGCUUCGAAAAGGACGAGGAGGACGACUACGCCUACCGGACAGUCAUCACCAGCUCGCUGAACAUCUCCGUCGAGCCUUGUUCUGACUUUUACGCCUACGCUUGCGACGGUUGGAUAGCCGACAAUCCGAUCCCUGCCGACGAGGACAUUAUGAGCUCAUUCACUGUGGCCGGGCUGAACACCGAGCUUUCACUGCAUCUCUUGCUCACACAGAACUCAUCCGCCGAAAGUCAGUCUGGCCGCGCCAAAUCGGUGGUCACUGCUCAGGCUCUCUACCAGGAGUGCAUGGAUCAAAAAUCAAGAGACGGCCUCGGUCACAAGCCAAUAAGUGACAAGCUUAACCAGCUGAUCGACAGCAGUUUGGGUACUUGGCCCAUCCUCGAAGUGGCGUCCACUACCGCUUUGACGCCUUCUGAACUGGAGGUGGUCAUCAGUCGCUUUCUUAUCUACACCUCCAUCAUUGACUUCACCAUCAUGGACGAUGCCAAGGCGCCAGAUCGGAAGCUGAUUCACCUGCUUCCACCUGACAUGGGCAUGGGCGAAGUGGAGUACCUCAAUCCGGAGGAGAACAAAGAGUCGCUGACUAUCUAUCUACGAUAUGUCCGCAAGAUAAUGGCCCUCUUCAGCAGUCAAAAUGUAGGCAAAGUGAAGAAGGCGGCAAUGGAGCUGUUGAACUUUGAGUCGAAGCUCGCCCACGCCCGAACGUCCAAUGAGAUUCUGCGCGAUUCCAGUGAGUGGUACCACAAAUACACACUGGCCGACUUUAGUAGGGCGUUCAUGAAAGACGAGUUCAACUGGACGACUUUCUUCAACCGUUACACCGAGCCAAUGCGACUGUCGCACAGGUUUACGCCCAGCGAUGAGAUUAUCGUCCUCGACGUUCGCUACUACCAAAAGCUGCCAGCCAUUCUUGCAGCGACCCCCGCAGCCACACUGUACAACUACCUCGGCUGGAGCUUUGUACGAAAAACCAUCACUUACGCAGACUCAAGCCUGACAAGGGAGGCCUCACGAAUGCAGAAGGAGGCACUCGGUCUGGAGGACGAUAAACCUUCUAUGAAAAGGUGCCUGGAAGUGGUCAAAACUACGCUCGAUAUGGCCCUAGCUCGGCUGUACAUCGAUGAACGCAUUCCCACGGAUACGAAGGAGAAAGCUGAGCAAAUGAUUGACCAACUGCAGAAGGCUUUUGGGCAGAUGCUCGAGCAGGCCAAAUGGCUGGAUGCGGACACCAAGAUGAAGGCUCGUGAGAAGUUGGCUAAACUCCGUCGGUUUGUCGCGUUUCCAAGCUGGUUGCUCAACAACGAGAAACUAGAUGAAAUGCUUGGCUUUGGGGAGGGUAAAUCGGUAAAGGUGGUUAAAGGACAGUACUUUCAAACUAUUUCCGACAUUCAACUACUCACUGUUGCCAAUUUCUGGGAGGGCUUAAAGAAGACUCGUGUCAUUGAGGAAGCGUGGGCGACAAUGACACCCAUUGACGUGAACGCUGAAUACGGCGCUUUAAUCAACGGCAUCUACCUUCCGGCAGCGAUUCUCCAGCCGCCCUUUUUUGACGUCAAUCGGCCUGCGUACCUCAAUCUGGCGGCCAUUGGCACAGUCAUUGGCCAUGAGCUGACGCACGGCUUCGACGACCAGGGCAGGGAGUUUGACAGCACCGGAAAAAUGGUGCCCUGGUGGUCGGAGGCAACGACCACAAGUUUCGACAAGGCCACAAAGUGCUUCGAGGAGCAGUACGGUGCCAUCAAGGACUCUCAGACGGGAAAGACGGUAUUUAGUGCAACUGCAACGUGCGCCCACUCCGCCUUUGAGGAUAUGGUGAAGAAGAAGGAGGUCCCGCCAGCCUUUGACAACUUCACCAGUGAGCAGCUGUUCUUCAUUGCCUUCGCCCAGGUUUGGUGCAACAAUCGCCGCCUGGCGUCUCGGCGCGAGCAGGUGGACUACGACGUACACGUGCCCGAGCAGUACCGUGUCAAUGUGCCGCUGGCAAACUUUGAGGCCUUUUCGGCGGCAUUCAACUGUCCGCCAGGUUCGCCCAUGAACGGUGAGAAGAAGUGCCGCCUGUGGUAG